CCGAAAACGGCAUGCGGUUGCGACGUCGCGAUAACGGCGCGGCGAAAUGCGUGAACGUUGGCGUCGCGAAAAUUUCCGUGAAAUCCCACUGCGCGGCCCCCUCACCCGUUCGCCAAGCCGUCCCUUGUUGCCGCCCGGUGGCCGGACCCGACGCGACACGUGUACGGCCGCGCAGUACUCGCCCAGACGACGAUCGUCGUACGUGCUCCUUGUACACGUUGCCGCCCGCCAUGACCGCCGCACGGGUUGCCCGCAGCACGGACCACCGUUGGUGAGCAGACCGUGCGACCAUGUACCCGAACGGUUCGAGGGUCCGCAGGUUGUUCUCGUCGACCCGGGUCCGCGUGUGCCUGGCGUUUCUAGCCGUGCUGGUCGUCUGGCAACUGUUCAGGACCGUCAUCGACAUCAACAACGCGCAGAAAUUAUCUAAUCCGUUACCUGUUCGGUACUACGAUAACUCGUUGACGAAAGACGGUAAAAACGAAAUAGCAUACUAUCUUCCAGUUGGCAUUUACUACGAGGCUCUGUGUCCAGACUCUAGAAACUUUAUACUUCAACACUUGCUCCCAUCUUUCAAUAAAGCUCCAGGCAGUUUUGACAUUGAGUUUAUUCCAUAUGGUAAAGCUAAGAUUCAUGAAAAUUCUGAUGGCUCUAUAACGUUUGAUUGUCAACAUGGACCAGUUGAAUGCCAAGCUAAUAAAAUUCAUUCGUGUGCUACUCGACAUAUUAAAGAGAAAAGUGUACUUAUAAAAUAUAUAUCCUGCAUGAUUGAUAAUAAUUAUGAACCAAAAAAGAUUGGAAUUGAUUGUGCUGAAAAAUUCAAUGUGAAUUGGAAUAAGAUUAAUGCUUGUUCAGAAAGUAAAGAAGGUGAACAGUUAUUAAAACAGAAUGGUGAAGCCACAGACAAAUUAUGGCCUAGAGUUUCAUUCAUUCCGACAAUAACAAUCAAUCAUGAACAACCUAGACAAGCUUCUGUGCUGAAAAAUUUUUGGAGUGUUGCUUGCAGUUAUUUUCCAUCCGAAUCAAAACCAGCUGAUUGUUAAAUUGUUAGAAAUGUUAGAUUUUUAACAACAAAGGUAUACAUUAUAAUAUUAUUAACAUUUUAAUUAUGAUAAGAUUUUGUGAUAUAAAUAUAUGUACAUUCAAUUUUA